UUUAUUGAAGCCAUUCAGCAGUUUUUGGUGUCCAUUCAAUAUAAUGAUAGCUUUUUGCCGGUGACGACCGUUAUUGCGGCCCGUGCAUCGAGAUGCGCGUGAGUUUCCGCCGCGACGCUUCCACUGUAUAUAUAAAGCCUUAAAAUGUGUGAGCGAGCACGGUGAAGCCAGUUCUCGGUCGGCAGCUGUACAGACUACACGUUGAAAAUGCAUAAGAUUACUUUGUUCAUCUUUGCGGCUCUGUUCGCCGUAACUCUCGCAGAAGGACAGUACUAUGUUCCCCGCGCCUACUACACUAUAGACGCGGAGGGGCACGAGUCCGCGCGGGUGCCGCUGCGCCGCCUGCGCCGGUCCCUGCCGCCGCCGAUGCCCUACGGUGGCGCCAACGCCAACGCUCAGGCUUAUGCUCAAGCCAAUAGCUUUAACGGAGGUUCUGCGGCUGCUAAUGCCAAUGCCCAAGCUAACGCGGGAGGCUGGGGCGGCUGGGGCGGCUACGGCGGCUGGGCACUGCCUACAGGCCAAUAUGGCUCAGCCAACCCUAAUGCUUUAAGGACUUAGUAUGGCGGCAGCUAACUUGACUAACUCCAUGGUGUCGGCACCCUGAGCGCGUAUUUUCCACCAGUUGCACGCCUGCGCCGCGCGUUGCGCCUGCGCACUUGCUGUGCAACUGCCGGAAGAUUCUAUUCCUAUUUAUUGUAAUUAAUACUUUAAUAAAUGCUCUUAGCGAUAUA